UGUUUGGAAGGUAUUUGGGGCCUCUGUCCUUCAGGGUUUUAAACAUCACCUCUGGAAUAGUUCAGCCGGUUGGAGCACGAUACUUUUAAUCUCAGGGUUGUGGGUUCGAGCCCCACGUUGGGCAAAAGAUUCCUGCAAUUGCAGGGGGUUGGACUAGAUGACCCUUGUCCCUUCCAACUCUACAAUUCUAUGAUUCCGUCUUCAUGAGAACUUCUGUAAGGUGGGAUGGCUCAAAACCAUCCAGUCUGUGUCAUUGUUGAGUGGGGGUUUGAACCUUUAAGCCUGUGCAUUGUACAUGCCAACUCAUCGUCACCAUCAAGAAAAGUUUCUCUGAGUAUGCGCAAAGGUGCGUUUCCCUCUCUACUGGUUUUUGGUUCCAGAGAUAAUGGUUUCAAGGUAGGUAAGGCCUUAAGCUGACCUGGGCCUGGUCAGUGCCUGGAUGAGUAACCCACCUGGGACCCCAUGAAUGCCACAUUGGGUUCUCUGAUGGACAAACUCUGGGAUGUAUAUGUAAGGAAAUAAAUGCCUACAUUAAUAAAUAGCCACACACACAUCUGCUAAGGUGAAGGGAGGCAUGGAGCUAUUUUAGGAUUAGCCACAAUCCCCGUGAUCAAGCGCCCUUUUUUGAUCCCAAGCCCCUCCUGAUUUCCUGAGUUUUUCCCCCACCCUCCCCACCCUGAAAUUUCUCUCUGGAGCUGCUAAGGUGAUUCAUCCCCCUCCUCCCUCCCCUGCUCAGAGAGCGGCCUUAAAAUUGCACAGACAUAAAAAUAAACCGUUUUCUUGAUCUGCGCAUCAUAUUAAUAGCAGAGCCACACUAGCACGUGGGCUGAUGCCAUGGGGAGGGGGGGAGAGAGCAGGAGCCAGAGACAUAUUGAUAUUAGAUUCUCUCCUUCUUCUUUUCUCCAUCCGCUAAGGCAUCUCAGCAGCCCAUCACCCUGGGAUGCCUGUGUGUUGCCCAGCCGGUGGUUGCCAUAGCAACAGAGCGUGGGGUGGGGGGAGAUGCAGGAGAAGAUGGAGGGGGAGAAAGAAGCAGAAGUGGACACGGAGAGAAAAAAGGGGGGCAGGGAGUAGCAAUCUACAUUUUAAAAAUAUGCAUUUAAAUAUGAGUCAGUUUGUGCAAUCUCUUUUCAGCAUCUAUUUCUAAUGUACACAGGUGUCUUUUCUGGAUCAGAGGUGGGGGACGUGGUCCUCCAGAUGUAGCUGGAUUCUCCCAUCAUUCCUGACUGCUGGCCGUGCUGACCCUUCAUUCUAGCAUGUGUCUGGUGCCGGGUGAUGCACUUUGCACAUGCUCUGAUGCACUCGGUGGUUUUUUCCCUGCACAGAGCUUCUACAGCUUAGUAGCCAGAUAGACUGAGCUAGGAACCAGGAAAUCCCCAGCAAGACAGAUAGGCAGUAAGGGUUACCUUCAUUGUUAGUCCUACUCAGAGCAGACCCACUGAAAAUAACAGUGAGGACCAAUUUAGGCCCUUUACUCUGAGCAUGACUUAGCUGAAAAGCACCCAAGUACGCUUGCCUGCUUUUAUCCUGACAAUAAGGCAGUGGAUUUGCAGUGGGGAGGGCUGCACAUUUCCUCCUAUGAACUUCAUGGCAAGCAGAGAGUUACUACCUUGUGAGUAGACCCUAUGGAUUUCAAUGAGCUACAAUUUCACCAGCUAGAUAAUUGUCCCUCGGCUCUGCAUCAGUAAUGGAGGGAGAGUAAUUUCAUCCCAGAGUGGAGAGCCACUUAGGUGUUGCAGAGAUAAUGUGUUUGAAAUAUCAUUUGACACUGCAAAAAUACGACAAGUGCUGUUAUGAUUUUCGCUACUUCACAGGUUUCCGGUCUAACGUUGACAUUAUAUUCUGGGGCUGAGCCCUCCCGUUCAGAUUGUUCGCUCAGAGGUCAACGGACUCGCCCCUCCGCCACCUGCAAACCCACAAGUCCUCAUUUCUCCUGCCUAGUGUAUGUCAUAAGAACAUUAAAACAUAAGGAGAGCCUGCUGGAUCAGGCCAAAGGGAGCCCGUAUAGUCCGGGAUCCUGUGCUCACAGUGGCCAAUCAGAUGCCCCGAUGGGAAACCUGCAAGCAGGAUUCGAACGCAAGAGCAACUCUCCCCUCCUGGGUUUUCAAGAAACUGGUAUUCAAAAGCAUUGCUGCUUCUGAUGGUGGAGGCAGAGCAUAGCCAUCCUGGCUAGUAGCCAUCAAUAGCCCUCUCCUCCAUGAAUUUGUAUUAUUAUUAUUAUUAUUAUUAUUAUUAUUUAUACCCCACCCAUUUGGCUGAGGUUUCCCCAGCCACUCUGGGUGGCUCCCAACAGAACACUAAAAACAGAAUAAAACUUCAAACAUUAAAAACUUCUCUAAACAGGGCUGCCUUCAGAUGUCUUCUAAAAGUCAGAUACUUGUUUAUUUCCUUGACAUCUGGUGGGAGGGCGUUCCACAGGGCGGGAGCCGCUAGCACUGGGAAGUUGGAAGGGACCUCAAGGGUCAUCGACCCUCUCAAUGCAUAGACAUUCUGAUGCUGCAGAAACAGGAAUAUGGUACAGAAAGGCUGGCAUCUGAGCAGAGCUUGGUGCUGUGGGUUUGCAUCCCCCUGGCGGAUGGGACUCUGCCACACCUGCUCUGCUCAGCAGUUUUAAGAAAAGAGGGAAAGAUCCCCACCCCACCCCCAAUAAUCGGAGCAGACUUUGCCGGUGGGAAGGAAAUUAUGUCUGCUGGGUAUGCGGGGGAAUGUAGCACUUAUAAAGACUCGCCUUAUUGCUGCAAUUUUUAUUUGCUUUUAGUGUUAUAUAAUGUUGUGCUUCGAAUAUUGUGUGUUUUAAUUCUUAAGGAAGGCAGCAGGGAAUGUUUUGCCCAAGGGUUCUGGCCAAGGCACAAUGGUUUAGCGGGUGGCAGCCCGAGAAGGGGCCAGGCCCAAAUCCCAGCCAUAAAGCCCUUCGGCUGACCACCCUUUCUCAGCUAUCCUCACAGGGUUGUUGUGAAAAGGAAAGAGAGGACCCUAUCCAUCGUUCUUGCUCUCUCUUUUUUUGAAGAAAACAAUACAGCACCCGGAACUACAGCGCACAGAGAAGUAAAAACAAAAAUUAUUCAUACCUAGACCUUGAACAGAUACAUGACCUGAAGAAAUUGCAGCCUUGUAACAUCAACCAUUUGGCUUUCUGGGUUGGUUGGCUUGCUUUCCUUUUCCCUCCGCUCCCCACUUUUCUUUUAUGUUGUGGCUUUUUAGAGGUUAGGACAGAGUCUGUGUUGUUUUCAUUGUAAGGUGCUCUGGGAGCUUUUGCAAGGUUAUAAAUGUUUUCAAUCCAUAAGAAAUGUAAAGGGUGACACUUUGGGAGGCAGCAGAGGGGACAGGAAGGAAAGGAAGAUGCAAAGGAUGAAUCUGAGCAAAUCCAGUUAAGUUUUACUUUAUGAAAUAGGUUAUAUCUUGUUUUAUCCCUUGGGUUCAAAGCAGCUUACAGUAGUUUUCCAGUUUGUUCUUCUGUGUUUGUCCCCACCCCCAUGGACCUACAAUCUAAGGGCAGAUCCACACCAAUGCAUUUAAAGCACGUCCAAUGCACAUUUUAAGUUCAUGAGUUUCCCCAAAGAAUACUGGGAACUGUAGUUUGUCUAGGGUGCUGGGAACUCCAGCUCUGUGAGGGCGAAACUACAUUUCCCAGGAUUCUUUGGGGGGGGUAUUGUGUGCUUUAAAUGUGCAUUGGAUGCACUUUAAAUGUAGGGUAUGGCUUUGCCCUAAGUGUGCAGUUUUAUUGUUAUUUUAACCAUCCAAUACAAUAUUAAAGAACAGCAUUUACCCAAAACUAUAUUUACAUUAAAACAUCACAAACACACAAACACGCUUAAAAACAAUUAAAAAGGUUAAAAGAACCAAUGCAUUAAAAUCAUCCAAUUAAUUAUUAUUUUUUGCCAUUCAACCAUAUUGACCCCAGUAAAACUUCUCCUUGGCUUUCGGGCAGCCACUGCAAAUCUCACAACUUUGCCUGUCACGAAUUUGUCAGAAUCAGACAACCUACGUGUGAUUUUCACCUGAUUGUCGCCAUCGGGUAUCUUACUUAACAAAUUCAGAAUAAACUUUACCCUUUGUUCAGAAUACAAAAAGAUCUUCCCUAAGUCAAUAAAGAGAGGUUUUGGGAGGAGACAGAAGGAAAUAAAUACAUGGCAUGUUGCAGUCAUUGAAAAAAAUUAUAGUGUACUUUCAGAUUUGUGGGAAAAGAGGCCUUAUUUUUCUGUUUUGCAUUUUUAAAUGUUCUUGCAUUUAUAUCCCACCUCAAGGUGGUUCUCCUUCUCCUCAUUUAACCGUCAUAACAACCACCCUGUAAGGCAGGCUUGGCUGAGAGGAAGCAACUGACCCGCCCCGCCCCCCAGGUCACACCCAGUGAGCUUCAUGGCUGACUGGCAAUUCAAACCCCGGUCUCUCCCAGACCCUAGCAGUCCAACACUCUAACCACUACACCACACUGCCUCUGUGCUUAUUAUAAUUAAUUUCCCAGGGGCAACAUGAAAGACUCGACAGUCAAGACUACAAAGAAAGAAAUGACCUGCUCUUUUAUUGCAGAAUUAAUGCCACCUGGCCUAAACCUGUACUGCGACUCACCAACAACGUGCAAAAAAGAUCUUUGGGAGAAAACGCCCCAAAAUUACUGUAAGGGGUGGGUUGGGGGGGACACACUAACCCUGGCAGACAGAACCAAAUUUAUAAGUGUUGGCUAGCAGCGAGCCUUUAAGAGACGAUCUCCUUACCCCCACCCCAAAAAUGUGGUGCAGUGUAUAUUUUAAUUGGGGGGGGGUGGUCCUCUCCCUUGCUUUUGAUAGGUAAGGGGGCUAAAAAUAGCAGAAUCCGCCAUCCAGCCUUGCGAACCCCAGAAUGGUUGGUUGGUAGGAUAGAUGGAUGGAGAGAUAGACGCCUCCGCCGCGCCCCCUCCCCCAACCCCCAAAUCUUAAAGGAACUGGAUGAUCUUUGGAGAUGGCUUGGUAACGAUUGGCCCUUUCGCUCCAUCCCCGAAGCAGCAGAGGGGGGUUAGCAUCAUUCCCAGGCACCAAAAUAACACAGCGCCAGAGAGCAGCAGCAGCAGCAGCAGCAGCAGCAGCAGCAGGACACGUGUUCGGCGUGCAGAGGAGACGGGAGAUCGCCAGAGCCCCCCUGCUCCGUGGCUCCCCCUCUCUCUUCCUCCUCCUCCCGAGAGCGCAGCAGAAGCAUGCAGCCCGGGUGAGAAGCCUCGCCUCGCCAGCCCCCGCCAGGGUGGUGGUGGACCACAUAGAAGACCACCGGAGGAUGCGGCCAGGUACCUUUUCCAGCAGAGCUGUUUGGGUUCCAUGCAGGUGUGCAGCGGUGCCUGCGUUUCCCCUGGGCUGUGGGAUGCAAACUUUGAUCCUCGUUUCUUUUUUUUUUUAACCAAAUAAAAUAGGAUUUUAAUUUUAAAUACCUUUCUUCAACCAGGUGGGCAUCUGUUGGGGAGGAGGGCGGGCAGGGAGAUUGGGGGCUCGUGAGCAUUAAGAGAGUCAGGGUGGGGUGGGGGGAACUGCCCAGGGUUAUUUUGCGCCAGGGCUGAAAGUGUGAGAAAAUCAUGUAAUUUUGGCAUCCGGGUUGAAAGUGUGACAAAAGCGUGUUGCUUUUCCAUGGGGGUCGAAAGUGUGACAAAAUCAGAAUAUCUUUUGGGGGGGGGGGCUUCCUUUAAUUUUGGAUGUUGGGGGGGGGGAGACCUCAGACCCAGCAGGCUGCUGUAUAUUUGAAGGAACCAGGUCCCUGGUUUCCUUGAAGAAAAUCCCUACCAAAAUCAGGGGGGUGAUUCCCUCCUUUCCCCCACCCAUCCCCAAUCUUCAAAUGCUAAAAACACGGGGGUCUCGAAGACACGGAAAGAAAAGGAGGGACCCCAGUAGCGUCAGAUUCUCCGACCUUCUUCCCUGCAGGUUUAACAGACUCUAAAUUUGCCAGUGACAUCCUGGAGAAAAUGCACCCUCGCUUUGUGUGUGGACUGGGCAAGCUUCAGAGCUACCUCCAUCCUUUCCUGAUUUCCCAGUUCAGAAGUGGGGCUAUUUCUAGCGGGUUUUAAAAAAUAAAAGUAUUCCAAUCCAGUCAUGCCUUACGCCUCCUUUCGUUUCACAUCACCCCCACAACACCUGUUCAGGAAGACUGGGGUGGGGGGGGGGGAAUAUUACUGAUAUCUUGGCUAUGCAAAGGCACCCUUUCUGCCUUGCUUAUGAAAACCACAACGAAUCCAUUCGCUCAUUAAGGCUGGCUUUGGGCUCACUUCCCUACUGACUGUUAUGUAACCAAAGUGGAAGCAACCCCCCACAACUCACACUAAUUUUGAGCAAUCUCUUUUGUCUCCACAUCCCCAAACAUCCAGGCCUGAAAUUUUAAACAGAAACAGGACUCCCUCUCCAUCUGUCUCUGCACAGAAGGGUCUGUCUUGCUGAGGGACCCUGGGCAAAGUGGUAGAUAUUACCCCUCUGCCAAAUAAAUGCCACCUCCUUGCUCUUUAUAUUUAACCCCCUCCUAAGAAUCAAGAAGAUGCAAUGCUAAAAAUAAAGUGUGUGUUAGUGUGUGUGUGUGUGUGUGAGAGAGAGAGAGAGAGAGAGAGAGAGAGAGAUUAUUCAGUUAUUCCAGUUUUUGAUCUUUUAAAAAUAAUAAUAAUAAUUUCAAAAGAUGAGUCUGCCUCCUGCCCACCCACUUGGCAUUAAUGAAAUAUCUCUCUCUCAAUAAAGUCAGUUUGCCCAGCAAUGGGGAUCAAAUGUUUGCUGUUUUGAGUGGGUCUGCGAUUCCAGCGGAGAGCUCUCUUGAGAGCUUCUCCCGGCUUUGAUAAAUAUGUCCAGGUCUCCGGGGAGGAGGGGAAUCUGGGUGGAGGAAGACAAGGCGAAGGGCUUUAGUAUCAGAUUUGUCAUUAAUUUGGAGCCAGGCUUGUUGAGGAUAAAUUAUGCAUCUUGCUGGGAAACCCAAGAUGGAACUGUAUGCCUUAUUACACCCCCAGCAUGACAUAAGGAUUUUGCUAAUAUUUGAUAUAUGGCUCUUGUAGAUUUCAUUCGAGUGCCCCUAGAGGGACUGGAGAAAUGAUAUAGAGAGCGGUGAGUGUGGGGAGGGGGAGAGAGAGCUGGGAAUCUGCAAGGACAAGGGUAGUCAUUCGUCAUUCUGUCAAUUGCUGGGAAAUGCAGGUGGUCCCCGGUCACCUUAAAUAGCUUGACCUGAGCUUUGCGUUGCAAUCCAAGAGCUGAGCUUUGGGGCUUGUAUAUAGGGAAGUUUUUAAUGUUUGAUGCUUCAUUGUGUUUUCAUAUUUUGCUGGAAGCCGCCCAGAGUGGCUGGGGCAACCCCCUCAGGUGAGCAGCAUAGAAAUAACAAAAUAAUAAUUAAAUUCUUAUUUAAGGCGCCCAGGGGUUGUAUGUCCUGCAAACAGCGAGGAUUGCUUUUCUUUUCUGUGGACAGCUUUUCCAUUUCGUAAGUUCAUUGUCAGCACCGUCGCAAGGGGGUUGGACUAGAUGACCCCUUUCGGGGACCUUCCAAUUCUAUGAUUAUAUGUUUCUGUGAGCAAAUGUAUGCUAGCCUCAGAUACGCUAUCAGGCAAGCUUGGCCGUGUUGACAUUUUUAGAUUUGAUUGCUAAAUGCAAGCAAAACAAACAGGUCGAAAUUAGAUCACCCUCCAGGGUGACAGAAAAAUUUCCCAGUGUAAAUUAGCUGCAUUUGUGUAUGACAUUCAAACGCUUUCCAGAAACCCUCGCAUUGCUGGCUGCAAAGAGGAAAUGAACCACAUGAACCGCAGCUCUGGGGCACCGGCUGGCCUCCCUCUCUAUUUAAAAUACUGUCCUGAACCAGGUCCUGCUACAGGGUCAGCAAGCAGUUAGUUCCCCACCAAUAAGCCCAGGUGCCCUCCUUGUGGCUCCCUAAAAUUAUUCCGUGACCUGGAGUUAGCGAACAAUCUUGUGAGCAAUUGUCUUCCUAGGAAGUGAGGCGAGAGCUGGGUGCGGCUGUUGGGUCACACCUUAAAAGACGAAAGCAAAAGGUUGGGGUGCCUGAGAACAAAGGAAUUUUGUGUCCCCCCUGACCUCAACCUGCAGGAUGUGCUGUUGCCAACUUUUUAGCCCCCCCCCUUGCUACUGCGGCUUGUGUCAAAUGUCCUCAUCACUGCAGAAUAUACAGUGGUACCUCAGGUUACAGACGCUUCAGGUUACAGACGCUUCAGGUUACAGACUCCGCUAACCCAGAAAUAGUACCUCGGGUUAAGAACUUUGCUUCAGGAUGAGAACAGAAAUCGUGUGGUGGCAGCGCAGCAGCAGCGGGAGGCCCCAUUAGCUAAAGUGGUACCUCAGGUUAAGAACAGUUUCAGGUUAAGAACGGACCUCCAGAACGAAUUAAGUUCUUAACCCGAGGUACCACUGUACUGUGGUUAAGGGCACAGAAACACUGGUCAUUUGAACAGUUGGCAACUCUCCGUGGAGGUACUAAUCCCCACUCUGCGGAAUAAGUAUAAUUAUUUUAUUUAUAUCCUGACUUUCCCCCAGAACCAGGACUCACAAACACCGGAAAAAUCCAGAAAUCUAAAAGCAUAUGAAGUAUAAUAGUUGAAAAGCAAUUAAGGUAUAGUAGAAUGAAAAUGAUGUAAAAACAAAUCUAUUAAAGUACAAAUAGUAAAACAGCACAGCACUGCUAUAAGUUCUUUCCUUAAAAAAGAAGAAGGGUACAGUUUCCGAAGGCUUGUCAGAAUAAAAUAGUCUUCACCAGCCAGUGGCCAGUCUGGCCUCUCUAAGGAGGCAGUUGCAAAUAGUAUUAAGAAAUUGGCCGGGCGCAUUUUGCGACUGGCACAGGUCCAGUUGUGACCCAUGUGGAGAUCUCUGGGGGACUCCUAUGCUCGGGUCCCUUUUAUGGGUUUCCCUUCGGGGCCUCUAGUUAGCUGCUGUGAGAACAGGACUAGACAGUCCCCCUUUGGCCUGAUCCAUCCGGCUUUUCUUAUGUUCUUAUUUAAUCAUAGCAGCCUCCAGUAGCACAAGGGGUGGGUGCGUCUAGCUGUUAACCACAAGGUUGGUGGUUUGAGCCCACUGCCAAUUGCCAAGCUGGCAUCCGGCGUCUGUGGAAACAGAGUACAGCCACGGAUAGUCUCCAUGAAUUUGUCUGACCCUCUUUUAAAGCCAUCUAGGGAGGUGAGCGAGUUCCAUCACUGGAGUGAGUUCCGUGGUUUGACUCUGCACUGAAUUUUCUCUGUCCUGAAUCUUCCCAUGUUCAGCUCCACUGGAUAGCCAGGAGUUCUAGUGCUAAGAGAGAGAGGGAUGAAAACUUUGCCCUAUCUACUUUAUCCAUGCCUUGCAAAACUGGAUAUACUUCUACCAUCCUGCGCACCUUUUCUAAAAAGUCCCAAACGCUACAACCUUCCCUCAUAGGAGAGUGUUUUGUUUUGUUUUAAUUUUUUAGGGAAAAGGCCAUCGCUCAGCUCUGGAGCCCCUCCUUUGCAUUCCAAAGGUCUCAUGUUUGAUCCCUGGCAUCUCCAGGUAAAGGUAAAGGUACCCCUGACUGUUAGGUCCAGUCGCAGACGACUCUGGGGUUGCGCGCUCAUCUCGCUCUAAAGGCCGAGGGAGCCGGCGUUUGUCCGCAGACAGCUUCCGAGUCAUGUGGCCAGCAUGACUAAGCCGCUUCUGGCGAACCAGAGCAGCGUACGGAAACGCCAUUUUACCUUCCCACCAGAGCGGUACCUAUUUAUCUACUUGCACUUGAUGUGCUUUCGAACUGCUAGGUGGACAGGAGCCAGGACUGAACAACGGGAGCUCACCCUGUCGCGGGGAUUCGAACUGCCGACCUUCUGAUCAGCAAGCCCUAGGCUCUGUGGUUUAGACCACAGCGCCACCCGCGUCCCAGGUAGGGCUGGUGUUUUCCUGAGACUGAACAAUGCAGUAUCUUAAGUUCCUAGUUCAUCGGCCGGGCUCAUUCCAAGCCUUCCUAUUCGAUCAGUCCUAACUAACUCUGGGGGUUAACUGGUGUCGCUGUGCAUGGCCUCUCAUGAUUUGUGGGCAGGAGGCGAUUUGCCUGCCACACUAAAUUAGCCACGGCCGGUAGUCAGAAGUGGGAUUUAUGAGCCAGAGUGCGGAUUUGCUCAGCCAUCCAGAAGCCACUUGCUCCAAAGCAAAGUCUCAUUGAAGCGGCUUUUGUUUUUAAAGCAAGCGCAAAAGGAUUCUAAAUUAGCAAGCUGGCCUCCAACAACCCGGCCGCCUUACCCCACUUUCCCCUCCUUCCAAGAGACACAGGAAGUGGAGGGCUGGCAGUUCCACCCUGCUGAGGACUGCAGCCUUGCUGAGGCCUACUCCUGGUUUCCCCUGCGCAAGAAGAAAUUGCAGGCUAAAAAGAUAAACGGGGGGAAAAGCCAAAAUUCUGCCAAAUGACUCCCCUAAGUGGAAAAGUUGCAGCUUUUGAGACUUUGUUUAGCUGAGAGAAAAGGUGACAUGAUAGGAGAUUCUAAAAUUAUUCAUGGCAGGGAGAAAGUGGCUAGUGAGAAGUUUUUCUCCCCCUCUUGUAACACCAGAACUUGUAGACAUUCCAUGAAGCUGAAGAGGUUGAAGGUUCAGGACAGAUAAAGUUCUUCACGUGGCACAGUUAAUCUAUGGAACUCACUCCCACAGGAGGCAGCAAUGGCCACCAACUGGGAUGGCUUUAAAAGAGUGCUGGACAAAUUCACAGAAAGGUACCGUAUUUUUCGCCCUGUAGGACGCACUUUUCCCCCUCCAAAAAUGAAGGGGAAAUGUGUGUGCGUCCUGUGGGGCAAAUGCAGGCUGUCGCUGAAGCUAUCCGCAAGCCUUGCAAGCCCGGCGGGAGUUGCCGCUGGGCUCGCAAGGCUUGCGGAUAGCAGCCUGUUCUGGGGGCUGGGGUCGGGGGAAGCUUGGGCUUCCCCCACCCCAGCCCCGCGGCUGGGGGGGGGAAAUAAUUUUUUUUAAUUCAUUUCUCCCCCCAAAAUCGAGGUGCGCCCUAUGCGCCGGUGCGCCCUAUAAGGCGAAAAAUACGGUAUAUUAUCUGUGAUGGCUGUGUUUCGUCCCAAACAGCUGGAGGGGGCCAUGUUGACAAAGGCUGGCUUAGAGAACAUGACAUACUGAGGGAUGUAUAGAUUCAUUAAUCAAUCAAUAAAUCAACAAAGCCGGCAGAAAACUAGAGGGUCGAGCGUGGAUCCGAGGGCAAAAGUUGCCUUCAGGAAGAACCUAAUAUAGUGGUACCUCGGGUUAAGUACGUAAGUAAUUCGUUCUGGAGGUCUGUUCUUAACCUGAAACAGUUCUUAACCUGAAGCACCACUUUAGCUAAUGGGGCCCCCUGCUGCCGCUGCAUGAUUUCUGUUCUCAUCCUGAAGCAAAGUACUUAACCUGAGGUACUAUUUCUGGGUUAGCGGAGUCUGUAACCUGAAGCGUCUGUAUCCCGAGGUACCACUGUACAGCUCACACAAAUAACCUGGUUUGCACAAGGGAAAAAAGACCCUGCCCAAGUGACGCUUCCCGCAAAGUCAACUAACCUUUGCAAAAGCUGCCCUGAGUUUCCUAGCAUUUAAAGGCAUGGGCAGCUAAUCUCAAGAAUGAGAAUUAAUUACCCUUUUCCCUUCUGGCUCCUGCGGAAGGGUUUCUGAGUCACAGCAGGCUGCUUUGGAUGCUGCGCCCGGAAGGACCGGCCAAUUGUGCCCGUCUGUGUCUUUAACAGCAUGUGGAGUGAACGCUCCUCCUGCCAGCGCUGGCAGGGGCCGCGCCUCAGCGGGGGCAGCAAAACUGGCACAGCCUGCCUAAGAGAUGGGAGGUCCUUCCCCCACUCGGCUUACCACUGGCCACCUCUAGAAAAGUCACAGAGAUGCUGGGAAGCAUCCAAAAGAAGAAUCGGCUGCUGAACCUACCUUGGAUCUUAAGGCCUCAAGCUGUCUCCUUGCAAGGUUUAACGCCUGAGCUGCCUAAACAUGCAUGGAACUGCCAUGCAUGGAACUUAAGACUCUACUAUGAAUCGGCGGCUUUCUGCUGGUUGAAACAGUGGCUACUUCUUGAGAAUACAGAUAUUUUGGAUCUAGAAGGGUUUGAUAAUAGAUUUGGUUGGCAUGCAUAUAUAUGGUAUGAUAAGGUAAAACUGCAUAAAGGUUUCAAAAACCAUAUUGUUAGGAAAGCAUUAUACAAUGUUUGGAUGCGGUAUAAAGAUCUAUUGGAAAGUAAACUCCCAGGUGGUUGUCACCAAUGGAAGCUAAAGUGGUGAAAAAACUUAAUAUGGAGUCUAAAUGGCCAAAAUAUUGUGAAAUUUUAGAACAAGAUGGGGAAAAGUUAAAUUACAGAGCUAUGAGAAAUUAAAGUCCAAAGUGCGAGAUUGGUUGCACUACCUUCAGAUAAACGAGACAUUUAAACAGGACAGGAAAAUAGGUUUCCAGAUGGAGAGGUCAAAAUUAGAAACAGAACUGUUAGAACCCAAUACUAAGAAUCUGUCGAGAAUGUAUAAUCUGCUGUUGAAAUGGAACACACAGGAUGAAACGGUGAAAUCAGCUAUGAUAAAAUGGGCACAAGAUAUUGGUCAUAACAUUAUGUUUGCUGACUGGGAACAGUUGUGGACCACCGGUAUUAAAUUUACGGCAUGUAAUGCCUUAAGAGAAAACAUUAUGAAAAUGAUGUAUAGGUGGUACAUGACCCCAGUCAAGCUCGCAAAAAUUUAUCAUUUGCCCAAUAACAAAUGUUGGAAAUGUAAUGAGACUGAAGGUACUUUUUUAUCACCUUUGGUGGACCUGCCCGAGGAUAAAAGCUUUUUGGGAAAUGAUCUAUAAUGAAAUUAAGAAGGUUCUUAAAUGGACCUUCCCUAAAAACCCGAGGCUUUUCUCCUGGGCAUUGUCGGCCAAUUGGUGAGAAGGAAGGACAGGACGUUUUUAUGUAUGCGACUACAGCAGCAAGGAUUCUUCUAGCAAAGUAUUGGAAGACACAACAACUACCCACACUGGAAGAAUGGCAGACGAAGGUGAUCGACUAUAUGGGACUGGCGGAAUUGACUGGCAGAAUCCGUGACCAGGGGAAAGAGACAGUGGAAGAAGAUUGGAAGAAAUUUAAAGUUUAUCUUAGAACUUGUUGUAAAAUUCAGGAAUGCUAAAAUGUCAAGGGGUUGGGAAAUAGAGAACUGCAGCUGUAAUUAAUACUAUUAGAAGAACUUAAAAGAAAUUGAAUUGAAUAAUUAGUUGAUUGAGGAGUUGCUGAAGAAAUAUAAAACAAGGAUGCAGAAAAGGGAGGUAUGGGGAAGUCCGGAAAGUAAGGCUUAUGAAAAAUGGUUAUGAAAUUAUACAUGUUUAUAUGUUUGUAUGUCGGUGUAUUGUGUAUUGUUUGUUUUCUUAUCUUGUGUUUGGAAAAUGAAUAAAAAUUUAUUUAAAAAAAAAAAAGGAACUGCCAGAGUUCCCCUGACAGAAACUUGCAAAGGAUCAGUGAGUGGUCUCUUGCGAGGUUGUCAGAGGGGCAGGGAGGCUUGCAAAGUGCUGAGGUUUGACCCAGCAAAUUCAGACCCCAAGAAAGCUUCUUUUAAUUUCAACUGACAGAAGCUUGCAAAAGGAGCAGAGGGGAUGCUAGCAAGGUUGUCGAAGGAGCUUGCAAAGUGCUGUGCUUUGAUCCAGCAAAUUCAGAUCUUGGGAAAGCUGUCCUUAAUUGUCAGGAACAUGGCCCCCUGCUCAGGCCUAACUUGUCUCCUGCGCUCUCUUUCCGUUCCUGAACCCCACUCCUCAUUUCCUAUCCCUACUUUUCCCUAAUGCUGGUAUUUUUUUCCAGGCCCCACCUCUUCCUUUCCCUGGGUCUAUUUUUGCUCCUCCUCCUCCCCUGAUUACUUUCUUUUGCAGACCCUCCAAGCGCCCCUAUUUUUCAGGGGACAGUCCAGGAUUUACAGCAGCCGUUCUGGUUUCUGAUUUGAUCCCGGAAUGACCUGCUUUUCCUUAGGAUGUUCCUAUUUCCAUUGGAGAAAUGUUGGAGCGUAUGAAGUCAUGCGACCCCCGAAACAAGGAGAUAAGUAACGACGCAACCUUUAGAAGAUGUCUGAAGGCAGCUCUGUAUAGGGACGUUUUUCAAUGUUUCAGUAUGUUUUUAUAUAUGUUGGUGGCUGGGGCAACCCAGUCAGAUGGGCAGGGUAUAAAUAUUAUUACAGUGGUACCACAGUUGUCGAACGUAAUCCAUUCCAGAAGACCAUUCGACUUCCGAAACGUUAGACAACCAAGGCGCAAAGGGCGGUCAGCAAAGUCGGUGGAGAAAAUUGAAAAACACGCAACAGAAGCCGUUCAACUUCUGAGGCACGUUCAGAAACAUUUACUUCUGGGUUAUCAGCAUUUGAAAACCAAAACGUUCAGUUUCCGAGAUGAUCAAAAACUGAGGUACCACUGUAUUAUUAUUAUUGAAUAGGAAGCCUCUUAUUUCAUCAGAGAAAUGUUGGAGGGAAUGCUUUUGGACAGACCUUCAGAAACCCAUAACAUUGCUCCACAAUAGAGCAGUCCUCACGCUCUGGUUUCCCUCGCUUUGUCUCCCAUUCCAGGUCAUGGCGUGCCCUGAGAUGUCCUCCUCCAUCUUGUGAACUCCUUGCCUCUGCCCAAUGCCUGCGGAACCGCCUGCCACCGCCAUGGUCCACCCCGAGGGGAGUGCCCUGCUGAAGGCUGUCUGGCAGGGCAAGUUCCGCCUCACCCGCCUGCUGCUAGAGGGUGGGGCCUACAUCAAUGAGGGCAACAUCCAGGGGGAAACCCCCCUCAUUGCGGCCUGCGUGGCCCCCUACGAGGACCCUCAGAACAAGUCCCGCAUGGUGAGGUACCUCCUGGAGAACGGGGCCGACCCCAACAUCCCUGACAAGAUGGGGAAGUCCGCCCUGAUGCACGCCUGCGCCGACGGGGCUGGGGCUGAGGUGGCUUCCAUUUUGUUGGCGCACGGGGCAGAGCCCAGCGCCAAGGAUUACUCUGGGGCGUCGGCUUUGGUGUACGCCAUCAACAAGGGGGACCGGGGGACCUUGCAGGUGCUCUUGGAUGCUUGCAAGGCCAAAGGGAAGGAGGUCAUCAUCAUCACCACAGACACGUCCCCCUCAGGGACCAAGAAAACCAAGCAGUACCUGAACUCGCCACCGUCGCCAGGUGUGGAGGACAGCCGUUCGCCCGCUCUGUGCAUGUCCCCCUCAGACAUUGAGGUGAGGACCUCCCAGUCCCCCGGCGGCAGCGAGAAGGAAGAGGAGCGUGAUGUUUUCAACUUCACCAUGGCCACCCGGCUCAGCUGCUCCCCUCUCCCGCACGGCAAGGGGAAGGAGGCUGAGGAGAAAGCCCCGACCCUCCCGCCCAAAGGCCGGCCCAAGCAGCUGAAGAGGUUAAACUCGGAGCCAUGGGGCCUGGUGGCGCCCUCUGUCCUAGCUGCCUCCCACCAGGAAAAGGCCCGGACCCCGGAAGAGAGGAUGACGGCUGAGAUGAAUGGCCUGAGCUUCUCGAAGAGGCCUCCGUUGUCCCGGAGACACAGCAUGGAAGGCCAGGAGUCGUCCUGCCUCAAAAUGGCUGCUCACCAGGCCUCAGGGGAAGAGCUGCCCAGCCUGGAAGCCGCGUGGGCAGAGAAAGUCCAUUUCAGCCACCUGCACCAGACUCUCGCCCGACGCAACACGGCGCCCGAAACCCAAGACGGCGGUCCAAGUCCUGGCUCCCGGGCUCUGGUCCACCCCAAGCUGAAUUGCUUGGACCACUACGAGUUGGAUUCCCUCUGCCCCGAGUCCAUCCCCGGCUCCCCGGAUUCGGGCCGCGUUUCUGUGGAGAGGAGGAAGUACAACGCCUCCCCGUUGACCCUGCCGGCCAGCUCGUCCCGAGAGAGUUUGGAAAGCAUCCCCAACGCCGUCUCCCCCAUCACGAUACGACGCCGAGCCCCGGGUCUCCUCGAGAGGAGGGGCUCUGGGACGCUGCUGCUGGACCACAUUGCCCACACCCGGCCGGGCUUCCUGCCCCCACUCCACCUCAACCCCCACCCUCCCCUCCGCGACAUCCGGGGCAAUGGCAAGCCCUCCUCCCCGGCCCACAAGGGCCUGAUCCCGGUGGCCCCCACUUCUCCCAAAGGCAAGAGGCUACUCCGGAGGCACUCCAUGCAGACGGAGCAGAUGAAGCAGCUGGUCAGUUUUCAGAGCCUGAUCGCCCAAGGGGACUCGGUGGCCAGUUAA